AUGUUUAAGAAGAGGAAAAUCCCAAAACCUGGGAAUUUGCGUUUAAAUCAAUUAGUAGAAAAUCAACUCAGUAGUUCAGAAGAAAUUUUACAUACAGAAAAAUGUAAAAAUUUAAUGACAGAUAUAGAAAGUAAACGAAUUACAAAUAAUACAACUGACUCUAAAUCAAAAGAGCAAAUCCUGAAUACUGAAGACUUAUUACAAGAUCACAUAUCUAUAGGCUAUAAAAGUGAUCGGGUAUUUGAAGGAAUUUCUGAUAUAAGAAAGUUAUAUAGUGGUGAUACUAUGGACACAGAUCACUAUUCUGAUGCUAGAUUUAUACUGGAAAAAAACGAACAAAUAGGAGUUAAAGUUGAACAAGGAAAGUUAAAACACGGGAUAUAUAGAGAAAAAGGUGCAUAUGUUCCGGUAAUAAAGGGGAGGGAGGGUGCAGUUGCAGCAUCAAAAUAUUCUGGAGUAUAUGGACCUACUCGUUCUUCCUCAACCAAUGUUAGGUUAACUUUACGUAUAGAUUAUCAACCAGAUGUAUGUAAGGACUAUAAGGAAACAGGUUAUUGUGGAUUUGGAGAUACUUGUAAAUUUCUCCAUGAUAGGAGUGACUACAAAAGUGGUUGGCAAUUAGAAAAGGAAUGGGAAGAUCAACAAAAGAAGAAAAAAAAUGACAUUAUUAGAUAUUUUAGAUCUGCAAAUUCCUAUAAAAAUACACCUAAAUCUAGUUUAGAAGAUAAUCAAGAGAUCUAUGAAGAUGAAGAUGACAUACCUUUUGCUUGUUUAAUAUGCAAACAAAAGUGGGAUGAAGAUAGUAAUCCAGUUGUAACUACUUGUUCGCAUUAUUAUUGUGAAAGAUGUGCCUUUAAACAUUAUGCAAAGACAUCAAAGUGUUUUCAAUGUCAUAGUCCCACAAAUGGUAUAUUUAAUACUGCAGAGAAAAUUAUUGAGAAAGUUAAGAAAAAUCGCAUGAUUUAA